CUUUUGUGCGGGCCAUUCAGGAGGAAGCGGAAGCAGGAUUGUGGGACGUGAGCAAGUGUUGACGACGACGGAGGAGGAGGAGGAAGAGGAGAAGUCAUCUCUUGCCAAAUCUUCGACACUUGCGGCCGACGGACGCGACGGACUCAAGACCAACAUGAAGGUAUGCUAGCAGCUGAAGAUGUUGCCCUAGCAACCAUGGAGAGUCCCGCCAUCCUCCUAGACCCAGUCCUGCCCCCAGAUGCCAGCAGCGCCGGGCCCAAGUGCAGCGUGGCCUCCCUACGACGGCGGGCCUGGGCUAAGAGUCGGGACUCUACUUGGCAGGAAACGCAAAAGGCCCAAAACAACGGCGAACCCCUGCCAGACUGCGCCGGCGACUCCAACGGGAAUCCAAAGAAAACCUCUGAAGAACCAGCUUUGGCAGGACUCGCUCCCAACAACAAGAUCACCUGUUGGCUCGACCAAUGCAGAACGCCGCUGGGAGCGUCACUGGAGGAUCAGAGCGCACCUGCGGGCAAAGGGGCGGCGAGGAACGGCUGCAGCUUCGAAGAUGACCUUUUGCUGGGAGAUGACGCCGACCAACUUGAGUGCGUCAACAAGAAGACUGGACCCUGUCUGGCCGCCGAUCGCAAGAGGAGUCAGUACAAAGAAAAAGCCCCAAGUAUGAACUCCACCGGCUCGGGAAAAAGCAGCACCGUGUCCAGCGUGUCGGAGCUGCUGGACCUCUACGAGGAGGACCCGGAGGAGGUCCUGCUCAAUUUAGGAUUCGGGAGGGACGAGCCCGACAUGUCCGCCAAGAUCCCCUCGCGCUUCUUCAACAGCUCGUCGGCGGCGCGCGGCAUCGACAUCAAGGUCUACCUGGUAGCUCAGCUCCAGCGGAUGGAGGUGGAGAACCCCAACUACGCUCUGACAAGUCGCUUCCGUCAGAUUGAGGUGUUGACCACGGUGGCCAAUCAGUUCAUCCAGCUUUACAGUCACGUGACCGGUCAGCCCGUCCAGACCGUCGGCGAUCAAGGUAACCGCGGCGACAAGGUUUCUUUCUGCUUUCCCUUGGGUGAAGGCCUUUUCCCUUUUGACUCAGGAGGCGGAGGAGAGGCCGCCAAGGAGCGGUCGCCGCCGUCGCUUUUCCAGCGGAGGAAAUCUGCUCUGAACGUGGCCGACCGUCUGAAGAAGAGCCUGAGCAAGCACAACCUGGCGGCGGCCGAGGCGGUGGCGGCGCCAGCCGAGGCGGUGGCGGCGCCAGCCGACGCCGCCGACGAGCACGUGUGCAAGAAGGACAGCGCCGCCACCGCCGACGAGCACGUGUGCAAGAAGGACAGCCGCUCGCUGGCCACCGUCGCCGAAGAAGGCGACAAGGAGCAGCUCGCGAGGCGCCGCCGCCUAAACGGCGAGCCCGAGCGUGAUCCGGCGGCGGCGGCGGCGGCAGAUGGGAGCGUGCUUGAGCCGCGGGCCCCCGAGAAGGCGGCGGCGCCCCAGCUCGCUCACUUGCGCACAGAGAACGCCCCCGACUCCUUUGACAUGGAGGAGAUUCAGAGCAACGAAGACGAAGCUCUCCUGGCCAGAUCGUCCCGAAACUCAGACCUGCUGCGGACGGUGAGCCAGCAGUCAGACAGCAGCGGCUUCGCCGAGGAGACGUCGUCGCUGGACGCUGCCGCCGCCGCCGCCGCCGCCGCCAACCUCAAGGUUCAGGAGAGCAGUGACAGCUGCGACAGUGAAACCACGGUGACAUCGCACCCCUCGCUGGACGCGGCCACGCUCAUCUCUCUCAAACAAUUGGGGGUCGCCGAGGAGUCGGAACCCACUCGCGGCGCCGGCCAGGAAAACGGGAGUGCCCACCGGGAAGGGGAAGACCACCAGCCGCUGCUGCAGUACAAGGCCCACCAGCUCCCCAAGACCCUCGCGGCGGGAGGGGAAGCGCCACAACCUUCUCAAGAAAAGGACUCGCCCCCAUCGGAUCUGCCGCACUCAGAUCCGCCCGUCUUGAAAUCGCCAUUCUCGGGACCGCCAACCUCGGAACCGCCGCCCUCUGAUCCAUUGACCUCGGAACCGCCGCCAUCUGAUCCAUUGACCUCGGGACCGCCGCCCUCUGAUCCAUUGACCUCGGAACCGCCGCCCUCUGAUCCAUUGACCUCGGAACCGCCGCCCUCUGAUCCAUUGACCUCGGAACCGCCGCCCUCUGAUCCAUUGACCUUGGAACCGCCGCCCUCUGAUCCAUUGACCUCGGAACCGCCGCCCUCUGAUCCAUUGACCUCGGAACCGCCGCCCUCUGAUCCAUUGACCUCGGAACCGCCGCCCUCUGAUCCAUUGACCUCGGAACCGCCGCCCUCUAACCCGCCGACUUCUAAUCCGCUGACCCCGGAACCGCCGUCUUCAGAUCUACCGCCCUCCGAAGCGCCGCCCUCCGAAGCGUCCUCAGAUCAGCCCACCCGGGAAGCAUCCUCUGAUCCGCCCACCUCGGACCCGCCGACUUUGGAAGCGCCCCCGACAAAUUCCCCCCGGCAUCGGCCAUCCCGGGCCGAUCCCUUCGGUCCUCAAGCUCCGCCUCCCUCGGGCCAUCCUUUCCAUCUCCCCGCCUCAGACUCCCCCGUCCUGCGCGCGCUGAUGCGCGUCAAGGAGCGUUUGGGCGACGCGGGUCCGCAUUUGAGCCGAAGAUGUCAUCGAGGCGGUCUUCCCUUGCAAAGGUCCUCCUCUCUCCCGUCCUCGCUGCUGUCCCCCACCAGGGUGGUGUCGUCGGUGGAGAUCCAGAUAGGGCAGCGGGGCCGCCGGGCCUUUUGUAGCCAGCCCCGCUACGCUUUCCGCUACAGCCAGGAGCCCUGCGCCGACUCGCCUACCUGCAUCUCCACCCUAGUUAUCCCCGAGUCUGGCGAGCCACGUGUUCCGGUGCGCUCGCCCCGCUCGCUGAGAAGUGCCAGCCCCCCCACCGAGUGGCCCUGGAUCACCCAGAGCGUCCCCGAUCUGUCCUCCGCUCAGGAGCUGUUUGGACACUACGGGCAGGGCAGGACCCCCGUCCUCUCCCCGAGCCCUAGCCCCAGAGCAGGGAGCCCGUUGUCCGCCCCCCCUGCGGAGCAGUCCCUUCUGUACCCCUACGGCAGCCUCCCCAACCUCCUUCAGCAGUCGUUUCCUUUGGGUGGAGCGCCCCACUACGCCAGCCUGUGGAACGUCCCUCUGGGAAGUCCCCCCAUUGCGCAGCACCACUACCACACGACGUACCAUUCGCUUCCCCACAGCCCGUCCUACCCGCCGGGUUACCGGCAGGCUUACCAGCAGCUCAGCCCCUGGUCUCCCCCCGCGUGGCAUCACGGCCCCGGGAACGGCUUUCAUCCGGGUCAGAGUCCCCACCCGGCGAGCCCCUACUCGGGUCACGUCGGCCAGAACUGCAGUUCCCACCCCGGAGUUGGCGACAGCCCUCAUCUGGCUCAUAGUCACGGUCACAACCCCUACCCGGGUGUCGGCCCGGGGCCCUAUCCGGGUCAUGCCGUGGCUCACGCCCCCCACCCUGCUCUCGGUCCGGGUUACGGCUCGCACGCGGCUCAUAUUCUGGCUCACGACCUCCACCCGGGUCUCGGUCCCGCUUACGGCUUGCACCCGGGUCACAACGUGGCUCACGACCCCCGUCUGGGUCCGGGGUACGGCUUGCGCUCGGGCUCGAGUCCGGCCUCCGGUCAGGUCUUGUCCGGCACGGAGAUGGAGCUGAGGAGGGUUCUUCAUGACAUAAGGGGGACCGUUCACACUCUCAACCAGCGCCCCGAUGCCUCGGACGCGGGUCCCCGAGCUUCCCGUCGACAGGCCCUGGACGAGCUCCGCCGGAAGCGGCGCAGCCUGGCCGCCUUCCGGGCACAGAUGGGCGAGCUGGAGCUGUCCGUGGUCCGCCAGCAGGCGCUGGUCUACAAACACCUGAGCCCCGCUGACAGGCUGGAGGCGGAGCAGCUGGAGUCGCUACGUUCGUCCGUCAGAGAGGAACUGCUGGAGUUGGAACAGCGGCUGGACGACAAAGUGAUGGAGCUGACGGAAGAGGCGGGGCCAUGCCAGGACGCGGACCGGGCGGCGGCCAGCUCGGCGCUCGGAGCCGUGGAGCCGGUGUCAGCACUCCUGAGGGAGCAGUUCAUCCUCCAAUCGGAGCUGAGCUACGACGCCUCCGUGGCCGGCCGGGCCGAUCCGGGGGCGGAUCCGCUUUGCGGCCCGCGCAAGCCCGCCGUGUACCGGGCGUCCGUCAAUAUCACCCCGGCGCCGCCCCCUCGUCCCGACAGGCAGCGGGACCGGCUCCGGGAGGAUGAGGGAGAGAGCAGCAAAGAGGAGGGACCGCACGAGGCCCUGGGCGGCGACGACAACAACUUGAACCGGCUCGUUAUGGAGAUCGGUGAGAGCGGACUGCAGGAAGUGCGGCGGCCGCAGAUGUCGGAGGAGCCUUCGCCGCCCGCCGACCGGAGCAUCUAGCCCGCCACGUCCGGACACUGCCGAAGAGCAACACUGAAUGUCGAGCACACUGCGCUUGGGCCAGAAACUACGCUGAGAGCAAAAGCAGCGGCCACAAGCGAGGGAAGCGCUUGCACCUCUCCUCUCCGUGCCUUUCCUUUGCUUUCCUUUGCUUUCCUUUGCUUUGUUUGCUAGUCUAGCCGCCGCCGCCGCCGCCGCCCUGGUCACUAGCAAACCCCGCCAACACUAACCGAGAGCGGAAGGAUGAAACCUAAGAGCCAGGACUAGCAAAAAGGCAUGUCGGCCCCUACUGGCGGUAACCCUGAACUACUCGACGUAGCAGAAAAUUGGAUCUGUAAACCGAGCCGGGCCCUGCCUGUAAAAAAACAGAGUAGGUAUUGUAGAAUCACUAGGGAUCAGCAAAGACAUGAUAAGAAAAUGAGACCGGGACCAGGAGCCCAGAAGCCAGGAGCGAGCGGUCAGACCAAGAGCAGCACUCCAAGAGCACCUUUUUGUUUUUUGAUCAACUCCUCACCACCAUGUCACGCAACAACGCCAGCGACGAGUGUGCCAUUUGUGCCAAUGUAAGAUUGUGAGAGAGAGAGAGAGAGAGAGAGAAGCCACUGAGAUUUUGCUCAGCCUAUGACAUGAUGCGAGCGUGCGAGACCGACACAUUGCUUGAGCCAGAGUGAUUUUGUGAGCACGUCUGCACAAAGUUGACCUUUACACGACCACCGUCGUCAUGCUCGAGAAAGGAAGAAGCUCGUUAGCAUUAGCGGCAGUGAACCAAUUCAGCUGGAGCGGUGACACGUUAGCGGCUAGGCAGCUAUGCGUCGACGCAAAUGUUGCCAAGCUUUUGUGCUCAAAUGCUACAUGUUAGCCACCCGCGUUGAGAAGACAUCGAGCAAAGCGUUUUAGCACGUUAGCUCGCCUGCAUACAAAGUCAUUAGCUAGUUGAGCAACUUAUCGACGCCGCUGGUUCCUUUACACACCAAGUCAGAAGAAGAGAGUUGGGAGAAAAGUUGCGUGUUAGCCAACGUGCUAAGCGAUUAGCAUCAUCGGCUUGGCCAUUUCUGAGCCGUUGGGUACACACUGUAAGCACACAGACAGCACGCUGUUGGUGAUGGAAAUGUGGCAGGUCGGAACGGAAUGGGCUCAAAGGCUUCUUGUGCAAGUUGUCACGUUUGAUUGAGGCUGAGCAAGCGCUCCAUAUUCAACCAUUUUCACAGGUUAACACUGAACGUGGGCCACCAUCGCGUGGCCAUCUCCUCUAGGGAUUGAGAAUCAAUGAUCCGCUGUGGAGUCAUUGCAACGCGACCUACGACCACUUCACUUGGUGUGUUUCUUUUCCAUAUUUGUGAAUCACUCGUGGAAGUUAAUGCGGGGAGGGCUCACUCGCUAGAAAUACGAAGAAUAAAACAGAUGUAUUUAUUUUCAUUACAA